AUGAAUCGCGUACGAGAGCAGCUCGCCAUGGCAACCUACCCAGAAGUCGUAGCCUCGGACCAGCCCGAAGUCUACCACCCGCCCCGCUCCUCCUCCUGGGACCUCGUCCACGGCCAAAGCCCCCGCGGCGGGCCCCAGCGCCCCUUCACCCUCCGCGUCGAGGUGUUCGUGCCCACGAACCACCCGGCCUACCCUUCGGGCGUCCGCCCCAUCUUGGUCAUCGCCGAGGUCUCGUACAGCGGGCCCGCCGCGAAGCCCGAGAAAAGUCCGCUUCGCCUCGCCCAUCGAAUCCGUCCCCGAGGGGAAGCGUUCCCGGCGCCCGCGGCUUAG